CACUACACUCUUUUGCCCUUUUCUGUAAUCCAUGGAGACGAAACAUAUCUCCGGUCUACCUUCCGAACGUACGGACAGAUUCUCAUACUACCGCGACUGCGACAUCCAUAUGGACACCGCCAAGGGAUUAUCCAUAUCAGGUUUUGAUAUCCAUAUGAACACGGCGAAGGGGCUUACUUUUUCAAAUGACAUCAACAUGCAAACCGCAAAAGGAACAUCGACCAUCAAACAACCCGGACUUCAGUUGUGGGAGCGGGAGCUGCUCGAUACUGCAGAGGUCAAACGCAAGGCUACUGUUGCCCAACUGUAUUUUCUGGAUUAUUACUUCCAGACGCUGGGCUACCUUGCCGCCCGCAAAGAACGGCGAGUCAAGUUCAACCAGGACACCAAGGCCCGCGAUCUCAAGCCUUCCGAGUACUCAAAAGAGUUCAAGAGCUACUGUGGUCGUGAACGCGUGCUCCUCCGUAGGCGGCGCACCAACCUUCGUGUCGACCAGUUCCAUAUCAUUGCCCAGGUUGGCCAAGGUGGAUAUGGCGAGGUGUUUCUUGCUCGGAAGCAAGAGACAGGAGAGGUCUGCGCGUUGAAAAAGAUGAAAAAGAAGACGCUGUUCAAGAUGGAUGAGAUCCGCCACGUUCUCGUUGAACGCGAUAUCUUGACGGCUACCAAGACACCCUGGCUCGUCAAGCUGCUUUACGCCUUCCAAGAUCCCCAAUACGUCUAUCUCGCCAUGGAGUAUGUCCCUGGAGGCGACUUUCGGACUCUGCUCAACAACUCGGGCGUUCUCAAAGAAGAACAUGCGCGAUUCUACAUCAGCGAGAUGUUCGCCGGCGUCAAUGAGCUCCACAAGCUGGGGUAUAUUCAUAGAGACCUGAAACCCGAGAACUUCCUUGUCGAUGGCACAGGACAUGUCAAACUGACAGACUUUGGAUUGGCUACCGGUGCGCUGAAUCCCCGACGAAUUGAGUCUCUCAAAGCCAAGCUCGACAAAGUCAAGGAUAAUGAAGUCAUCCAUAGAUCAACUCUAGAACGUCGCUCUAUCUAUCGCUCUAUCCGUAAUGAGGAUCCCCGCUAUGCUGACUCCAUAGUUGGAUCACCCGAUUACAUGGCUCCUGAGGUCCUGCGUGGCAAGCCAUACACAUUCUCCGUUGACUAUUGGUCGCUGGGCUGCAUCCUCUUUGAAUUCCUUGCCGGCUUUCCUCCUUUUAGCGGAGGCAACCCUGAGGAAACAUGGACCAAUCUCAAGAACUGGACGAAAGUCCUUCGCAGGCCCGAGUACGACAAGCCAGAGGACCUGGUGUUCAACUUGACAGACACCGCUUGGGAUGCAGUAACUAGACUACUCUCCCAUGCAAGUGUUCGGUACGCUACUCUACCGCAAGUCUCCAGCCACCCAUUCUUUGAUGGCGUUAAAUGGGACGAUCUGCGUGCUGUCGACGCCCCAUUUGUACCUGCUCUCGACUCUGAAAUUGAUACAGGUUACUAUGACGAUUUCACAUCUACAGAGGACAUGGCGAAGUACGCCGAGGUCCGCGAGAAACAGAGAAAUGUUGAACAAGUGAAGGAGAAGGACGAAGGAUUUGGAAGGGGAGUAUGGGUUGGCUUUACUUUUGGAAAGAACGGGCCUGGGGCCGGCGGGAAAAUGGGUGGUUUGGGAAGUGGAAAGUAUGAUGAUGGCGCAUUGGCGACCAUUUUCUGAGCGGAUACCCUGACUGAGAAUUACAACGUCUGUUUAAAGUAUCUGAUUUGGAACUGUAUCCUACAAGCAAAUUGCAGAGGUAAAUGUAUUGGUACGACGUCGUCACAAAAUAAAUGAUGAAUAAAAUGUGUUUUUAU